CAAGGAAAUCCGCAGUAACCCUGUCCGUCUCGCGCCAACCAUGCACCACUAUGCACAACUGGUCCAGCGACCACUUCACCAUAAUCCCCCCGACCUCUCCUCGACCUCCGACCUCAAUGUGGCCCUAGCCACCAGCAACACCACAGCCCGCGAUGGACAUCUCGCAAACCUCGCCUGCAGGCCCGCGAUGGUCCCUCGGCGCGAUGCGCUCGGGGAUCGCGGAGAGAUUUGGGGCUGUAAAGCGCUUGCCUAUGCUGUUAUGGGGACAUACGUCGCGGCGCAUUCGCGUGCUUGCUGCUAUGGCUGUUUUUGUCCUCAUAACCCUCACCCACUGGCGCCCCUCCACCCCCCCCAUCCCCAAAGUCAUCCUCUCCUACCCCCCCGACGCCGCCUUCUCCGCCCCCUCCCCCGGGGGCAACUCCCCCUUCAACGCCUCGCGCGUUGGUCUGCUCAUCGAAAACCGCCCAAACCCCAUCCUCGCCCCCCUAAUGCUACACUUCAUGACCGUCGUCCCCCCCGAAUGGCGAUUCCGCUUCAUGGGCUCCCCCAAGUCCGUGGCGUCGAUAAACCAAUCCCACGCCAUACGCGAGCAGGUGCGCAUCGGGAAAUUGGAUCUCACGCUGAUUCCCGAGAAUAUGACGACGAGUAGCCAGGAGGAGAUCUCGGUGUUCCUGACGACGCUGUGGGUAUACGAGCAGUUGCUGCGACCAGCGGAACAUCUCCUAGUCUUCCAGACAGACAGCAUGCUCUGCGCCAACGCCCGCCAAUCCAUCAACGAAUGGCUCGACUUCGACUGGGUCGGCGCCCCCUGGCACCCCGACGGCAAGUGGGGCGGCAACGGGGGCCUCUCCCUCCGCCGCGUCGCGCCCAUCAUCGAGAUCCUCAAACACCAAGUUCGCGGCCACAGAGGCGGCCCCGAAGACGUCUGGCUCUCCGAGCGGCUCUCCAAUCGUCCCGGCGCCAAGAUGGCCAACGGCUCCUUAUCCCUGACAUUCAGCGGGGAAAUGCACACGGGGCGGCCUGAACACGUUCGUCCUUCCGAUCUCCAGAUCCCGGAGGAAGACAGGGAGAAGAGACCCGCGGGGGGGGGGAUAGAUAGUGAUGCCACCGCUGCGGAGGGGCAGGAUGUAGAUUGGUGGCGUGAGGGGUUCUAUGAGCCGAUGGGGUAUCAUACGGGUAAUAAUGGGCGCACGCUGCAUCCGCAGAUCUGGGGGACGGUGGAGAUGAGGAGGCAUAUUUGGGAUUAUUGCCCGGAGGUGAAGAUGAUUUUUGAGAUGGAUGCGGCCGAGUACGUGCCGGGGACGUGUCAUGCGGAUUGGAGGAGGGGGUUGGAGGGGGAGGGGAUGGGGGUGAGUGAGGCGGGGUGGAUGGAGGGGAUGAGUAGGAGGGGGGAGGGGGAGGAGGGGUUGAAGAGACGGUGGGACCCCCAGGAUGUGGAUGAGGAGGGGCAUCCUUAUUUACCGCUUAACCUUGUGCCGUGGUGAACAUCAUUCACCACCUCCUUCCUACCUCCACCAACCUCACCAACCUCACCACCACACACCCUCACCCACACGACCCAACAAUCUCCAAAACGGAGUCGAGCCUCGGCGUUCUCGGCAGGCGUUUUAUACGGUCCAAGCCCCCUUUCUGUGUUUAUUUACCAUGUACAUCAUCUACACACCUAGAUUAUCGGCCCCAUCUACGCGUCCAUAACGCUCUACAUCCCCACCAGCUCGCAGCAGCCGGUUGCUUGCGGUUGGUAGCUAGCGGAUUAUGAAAUGAUUUAUGUUUGUUGAUCUGUUGGGUUUUGUGGUAGUUGGUUGGGUUUGUGACAUUUGUUGGGCUGUGGUGAUAUCUGCCGAGGGUUUGAUAACGGCAGGAUUAAGAAUGUGUGUAUGUAGCAAGAUACACAUCCUCGUUUCAUGAUACAUAUAGAUGUGCCUGCGGGCAUUUCGGGGGUUAGUAGGACAGAGGUAUUAUCAACUUCCGCAGCUGCCUAUGUGAGGGUGUGUGUUAUGGGCCGGUUUGGGGUACUGAACAUGACGAGAGCGAGGUAACUUAUAACGUGGCCAUCCAUAUAUAUAUACCUGGCCUGCUCACCGCAGCGAUGAUACCUGAGUCGAGAUAACUCAUAUUCUAUCAGCCUCUUCAAUCAUAUCCCAUCCCAUCACACUUCAAACCACAGUUUUUGAGCUUAUAAGUAAAAAUUUCCCUAUCCUAUCCUACUCUCUCCCCAUUUCCAUCCUCAUCCCCCAACCCCC